CACGAGGUUGGAUGCACGGCGUUGGAAUACGAUUGUCUGUUCGGACAACCAAAUUGCAUCCCACAAGAGCGCUUCAUGAAUGGAGUGAUCGACUGUCAAUUAGGCACUGACGAAGGAUGCCCGUUCGACUACUUCGUUUGCGACGAUGCGACGAAAUGCAUAGAAAUGAUGUACUUCAUGGAUGGCGUUCAGCAUUGUAACGACGGAUCUGACGAACGCUCUGAUCUGCAGAAGUUGGAUUUUGGUGAACCUGUGGAUCUUCUCGAUGUUGCUGAAGGAUAA